AUGCGAGCUUCUACCCUUCAUAAGCUCCCGGGAGCUCACGCGGAGGGGAUCUGGUGCGCAGCAUGGAUCCCCGGCACAUCACAGCUACUCACGGGCUCGGUGGACGAGCAAGUGAAGCUCUGGGAUGUCACCGGCAACGACCCACCUUCGACCCCAGCUCACACCUUUGCGGGGUAUAGCCUAGGGGCCGUGUCGCUUUCGGUCGACGCCACCGGCCAGUUCGCCGCCUGCAAUGCGCUCGACUCGAUCGUGCGCGUGUGGGACCCAGCCGCCGCGGAGUCCAAAUUCAACAUAGAGGCCCUCCCCACGGAGAGCUGGGGCGUUGCGUUCGGCCCCGUGUCCGCGGAUGCGGUGCGCAUCGCAGUAGCAGGGGGCAGCAAGGAAGUGGUGACCGUGUACCGGGCUGGCGCGGAGGACCCCGCUCCGGAAGCGACCCUGUCCCUACCAGCGGUUGAUGGCGGCACAAAGCGGGAGCGAUUUGUGCUGGCGGUGGCCUUCAGCCCCGACUUCAGGCUGGUCGCCGCCUCAGCAAUGGACGGCACCGUGGCGAUAUGGGACGCAGCUUCUGGGCAGCUGCUGCACAGCCUUAAGGGCCACCACCGGCCCGUGCGGACGCUGGCGUUCACGCCAGACGGCAAGCUGCUGCUUACGGGGAGUGACGACAGCCAUGCCAAUCUGUACGACACUCACAGCGGCGGCCUGGUGGACUCGUUCUCAGGCCACGAGUCGUGGGUGCUGUCGGUCGCGGUGCACCCUGGCGGCGCCACCUUUGCCACCAGCUCCAGUGACGCCAAGGUGCGGCUGUGGGACCUGUCGACCCGGGCGUGCGUUCAGACGCUGGGGGAGCACACGGACCAGGUCUGGGCGCUGGCGUUCAGCGGCGACGGCACGCGGCUGGCCAGCGCGGGGGACGACAAGCUGCUGACCAUCUACAGCAUCGCAUGA